AUGGAUGUUCUUGACGUAGAUGAAGCUAAGGAAAACACAGGAACAGAAGGAAUGGAAGGAAAAAGCUGGGAGGGUAUCUCAUUUUCCAUCGUGGAUGUAGAUAAUUUAGAGAUAAUGAACCUGGGAGAGGAUGGUCCAGGACCUAGCAAACAGCGCACAAAGUUAGACGAUAAAAUCGUAAAAUUACGCAACUUUGUUCCCGAGGAAACAGAAGAUAAAACCCCGGACGACAGUUUGAAUGAGAAGUUAUCGGAAGAGGAAAAGCCAUGGCAGCAGAAGGUGUCUUUAAGAGAAGAUAGGCAAACUGAAUCGUCUAAUAUCUCUUCAAGCUCAUCUGAGAAGUCAGUUAAGACAAAAGAAAGUAGUUCUGUCGAAACUGAUGGCAUAAAGUUAGAGUUAGGGAGCAUGGAGGCCGGAAAAGAGAUAGAGGCAGCUUUUAGAAGCGGGCUUGAAGAAACCACAGUUCAGUUGAGCAAACCCGAUAUUUGCAAACGAUUAGAGUCCCGUGGGAACCGUAGAGGGGUUCCAUUCACUCUGGACGUUCAAGAGGAACUUCCGGAAGAUGAAGACGCUGGUGAUAAGGACAAUAGAGAAUCCAAAUUGCGUCUGAAGUUAGAACGCAUGGAGUCCCGACCUCAGUCAAAGGACACACUGAUGAUACCAGGGGAGAGGCGAGCCAGUAGGAGUCUGGACACUCCCCGGCGAGGAUUUCGUAGAGGGUCGCUGGGUAUAGCAAAAGAGAACAUUUCCAUUUCCUCCGCAUCCAGUCCUGAAGAAGACAAGAGUCGGAGAGACUCUCAAACACCAAGUGAGCAGUAUCCAGCAAGACAGGACGUGAGCAGAUCUGGCAGCAUGCAUACCUUGUCCACACCUGUACCUGUCCACUACACUGUGGCGGGUCACAGAGUGGUGGACCGCACCAACUCUACCAGAGAGGCUGACCCCACAGGUCAAAUCUUCAAACGAGGUCAUGUCAGCCGCGGAGUUUACUUCCCAACGCUUACUAACAGCUUCAAGGAUCAGCAGCUGGAGGUAGCGUUCCAGCGGUACUCCCACCGCCAGCGACAGAGGUCACUCAUCAUGGUCAAUGGCGUCGACCUAGUCCUCAAACUCGUCAUCCUCGCUAUUGUCCUUUUCCAGGGAGAUGGCCAAUACUCCACGGAUAUUAUCUACUCAGUGGGAUGGAUGGUGGUCAACGUGAUCUUGUGUGUAUUAUCCUGGUGGCGAUGCUUUGCUAACAACUACCUCCACUGGGGUGCUCUGUGUACCUGGCUCGUCCUCAAUAUACAAGGGUGCAUCUCUCAGGUGUUGAACGGAGUGACGCUGGACAACCUGGAGCAAGAGUGGGAGAAGGAGAGUGAGAAUCAGAUGUGGUACUUACUCUUCAUUGUCUUCGUCACUUACUCUAUGUUGCCUCUGCCACUACGCUGGGGCAUCCUGGCCGGCUCCUUCACCGCCCUCACCCACCUCCUGCUCACCUUCGCCAUAUUCUACCAG